AUGGCCAAAGGUCGUGGUCGCCGCGGCCAAAAUAGAGCUAGCCGGGGCUCUAGCCAAACCUCAACUCAAGAGAUUCCCUUGGAUGACGUGGAUGCCUUCCAUGCCCAGCGGGACAAAAUUCUGCUGGACGAAGAUGCUGCCUCUGACGAUCUAGAUGAUAUCACCGACUCACAGACCCGUGAAGUGCUUGGUCUUGCGGAUGACGACGACAACGAAGAAGACGAGGAGGAAGACAAUGAAGACGAAGUAAAUGAAGACGAAGAAGAAGAGGAGGGAGAGGAGGAUCGUGAUCUGGAUCGCUACCGCACCAUGAUUCUUCCGCCCAGUGUGACGGAGGCUUCGCUGCACCGAAAAGCCCCUCGAGACGCCGCGCAUGAAGAGCAAGAUGAUCCAUAUGCCGAGAAUGAGGACGAAGAAGAUCUCGAGCUUGGCUGGGGUGCGAACAAGCGCGCCUACUACAGCGGCAACACGGAUAAGGACAUGGAGUCCGAUUCGGACAUGGACGAAGAAAAAGCCCAUGAGCUCGAGACCAACGAGGCGAUUCGUCUUCAGCGUCUAAGUCGUGUUGAUAUGGAUGAUGCUGAGUUUGGUCUUGAUACAAUCGAUGCCGAAGAAGCCCAGAUCCAGGCGGAUGAGCAGAGCGACGCUGCCAGGGCUCGGCGGCGUCGUGAGCUCGACGACGAAGGCGAUCAGACGGCGCCCCCCGAAGAAUCUCCCGAAACACUGCAACAGAUCCUGCGGAUGCGGGCACCCAUUGUUUUAGCGUUGGUGGACGAAUUUCCCGAGGCCCUUCGGCAGCAGGCGGAGGCCAAAGCCUACGUGGAUGCGUAUGUGUUGUUUGCUAACCGCAGUAUCACGGCCAAAGGCGAGCGCCAAUUAGCUGAGAUUGCUCACUUGUAUUAUCAGACGUUGUCGUCCUAUACUACGCUUCUUGCGUUUUUCUUCCAACUCGCGUGCCAGGCCACGCUACUCUCCGACUUGGACGCAAUCCUUGCUCACCCCGUUCUGGAGCGCCUAUCGCACUUCAAGCGUGCCUUGGUGGAGAUGAAGCAGCUGGGUCUGUUUGAUCCCCGCGAGGAUGACGAUGACGAGCCGGAAGCGAGCUUGAUGGGUCCUGCGACGGAGGAGGAUAUGGAGGAGUAUGAGCAGCUUGGUGAUCUGGAGCCCAACGAGCUAGAGGAUCUGUUGGCGGACGAAAAGGAAAACUACACGAUGGAGGAGCCUGCUCGGUCUGCCCCCCCGAAGAAGGCUCCGAAGAAGAACAAGUCGGCAGGAUCGGAGCCAGCCGCGCCUGGGCCAGCCGCCCCCUUGUCGAGCGUUGCGCAUGUGCGCUCUGAGGUGCCGAGUCGUCCUGCGCGUGUGUCGUCGCUGGCCAUGCCGCUUGAGGAGGCAGACGCCUAUGGUGAGCCGACGCAGAUGCGCGAGACGGAACGAAAGGACAAGGCAGCGCGCCAGCGUGCAGUGCAGUUCCAUGCGACCGGUGUGGAUCCUACGCCGUCGGCAAAGCAGCGGUCGCUGGAUGGCGAUGCCGAUAUCCCGUACCGCGAUCGGCGUCAAAUCCGCGAGGCGGUUGCGACGGCCAAGGCGAACCGGGCCGCCAAAGCCAAGCCGUCUGCGCCGCCGACGCUGGAGCCGUUGGAAGAGUGGGGAGAGAGUGACUGGCAGGCACGAGACGAAGUUAUGGGUGAUGGCAAUGAUGACGCCGACACUGAUGCCGAGGCGGACGCGGCGUAUUACGACCUGGUCAGCUCUCGUAAGCGCCUGCGCAAGCAGGCGGACAAGGCCGCGUAUGACCAGCGCCGCCUUGACGAGCGUGUGUGGGACGACGAGAAGCUGGCGCCAGGCGAGCACCGCACGAUCGACUACACGAUCGAGAAGAACAAGGGCCUGACGCCGCAUCGCCCCAAGAAUGUGCGUAACCCCCGCGUGAAGCGCCGCAUGCGUUACGACCGUGCGAAGAAGCGCCUCUCCAGUACGCGGGCUGUAUACAAGGGUGGUCAGAGCGCCCUACAGGGCGGCUACAGCGGCGAAAAGUCGGGUAUCUCUACCCACCUCGUCAAGAGUCGUAAACUGGGUAGCUAA